AUGCUCCCGCCGCGCCCCGCGCCCCCGCCCGCGCCGCCGCCCGGCGCCCGCAGGCAGGGGGAGCCGCCGGGCCGGCUGCUGCGCCUCCUCUGCGCCGUGCUGGUCUGCUCCGGGGAGAUCGCCGCGCUCGCCGACUUCUCCGGCUACCUGACGAAGCUGCUGCAGAACCACACGGCCUACGCCUGCGACGGCGACCAGCUGAGCCUGCAGUGCCCGCGGCACUCCUCCAUCAGCGUCCAGGCCGCCUUCUACGGGCAGGACGGCCGGGCGUGCGGGGGCCAGCGGCCCGCCCCGGGCGGGGACGGCGGGGACGGCCCGGCCUGCGAGGCGCCCACCACCUUCCAGAAGGUGUUGGACGAGUGCCAGAACCAGCGGGCCUGCCGCCUCCUGGUCAACAGCCGGGUGUUCGGGCCCGACCUCUGCCCGGGCAGCAGCAAGUACCUGCUGGUGUCCUUCAAGUGCCAGCCGAACGAGCUGAAGAACCAGACGGUGUGCGAGGGCCAGGAGCUGACGCUGCGCUGCCACCCCUCCAAGUCCCUGAGCAUCUACGCGGCUGCCUUCGGCCGGCGCGCCCGGGACGCGGACCUGUGCGCCUCGGCCGCCCGGCCGCCCCCCUUCGACUGCCUGUCCCACUCGGCCGCCCACGUGCUGGCCCACAGGUGCUACGGGCGGCAGCGGUGCCGUGUCCGCGUGGACAGCCUUCACUUCGGGAGCCCCUGCCCGCCCGGGGCCAGGAAGUACCUCACCGUCGCCUACGCCUGCGUGCCCAGGACCAUCCUGUCCGCGCUGGACCCCGCCCUCGCCGAGCCGGCCCCUUCCCCGAAGCAGGAGGACGCGGACGGCGGCCACGGUGCCGGCGCCGAGGACCCCCGGGAGUCCCGGGUCCGGAGGAAGGAGGGCGUCAUGGUCAGCAGCUCCCUGGCCGCCUUCGCCUACAUCCGAGCCCACCCCGACCGGGCCGCCCUGCUCUUUGUGUCCAGCGUGGGCGUCGGGCUGGCCCUCACGCUGUGCGCCCUGGUGGCCCGCGUGUCCUGCGCCCGGGACCUGCGGGCGCUGCGGGGGGCGCGGGAGCGCCUGGUGGCCGCCGCCGACGGGGCCUCGGAGGACAGCGAGGACGCGGACGGGAGCGAGGCCUCCUCUGGCUCCAGCCUCCCCGGGGAGCCGCCCGGCCUCCGCAGGACCGCGCACCCCGCGUACACGGCCCUGGAGGCCGCGGAGCUGGCCGAGAGGAUCGAGCGCAGGGAGCAGAUCAUCCAGGAGAUUUGGAUGAACAGCGGCCUGGACGCCUCCGUGCCCCGGAGCGCUGGCCCCUUCUACUGA